AAACAAUGCCCUUUUUCGCCUAAACCCCAGAAGAUACCAAACCUAUGAAUAAAGUUUCUCAAUCAUCAAUCAACUAUGUUUUCUUGUCUUCUCCUUCAUUUUCUUCUUCUUAUCUUGUGCAGUUCCUUCUCUCAUGGAACUCCAGAUUCAGUCUAUGACUCGUUUGUCAAGUGCCUAACAACCCAAUCAAUUCCCCAAAAAGAAAUCUCCAAAAUCGGCUACUCCCCAAACAACCCUUCAUUUAACCCCAUUUUACGAGCCUACAUCAGAAACCAGCGGUUUAAUUCCUCCACAACUUCCAAACCGGUCAUCAUUGUCACCCCUACGCAAGAAUCCCAUGUCUCAGGUGCCGUCCUUUGUACCAAAGAGGCUAAUUUACAGCUUAAAAUUCGUAGUGGGGGUCAUGAUUAUGAGGGUAUUUCGUAUAUAUCCGAUGUCCCUUUUAUUAUGCUUGAUAUGUUUAAUCUCAGGUCAAUUUCUGUAAAUGUCAGCGAUGAAACUGCUUGGGUUGAAGCAGGUGCUACUUUAGGGGAACUUUAUUAUAACAUAUGGACGAAAAGUAACGUUCUUGGUUUUCCAGCGGGUGUUUGUCCUACUGUUGGGGUUGGUGGGCAUCUCAGUGGGGGUGGUUAUGGGAAUAUGCUUCGUAAGUUUGGACUCAGUGCUGAUCAUGUUUUGGAUGCUCGACUAGUUGAUGUUAAUGGUAGAAUUCUUGACCGGAAAGCCAUGGGUGAAGACAUGUUUUGGGCAAUUAAAGGAGGUGGUGGUGCUAGUUUUGGUGUCAUUUUAGCCUUUAACAUUCGACUUGUUCAAGUCCCACAAACUGUGACUUACUUCAAAGUUGAAAGGUUUAUAGACCAGAAUGCUACCGACGCAGUUGUCCAAUGGCAAAAUGUUGCUAGCAAAACUGAUAAUGAUCUCUUCAUGAGACUACUUUUGCAACCUAUCACCGUAAAAAGCAAAAACAAGGAAAAGACAAUACGAAUACGAGCGACGUUCUUGGCGUUAUUCCUCGGUGAUUCUAGUAGAUUAAUGUCACUCAUAAGCAAGGAAUUCCCAGCUUUGGGAUUAACAAAACAGGAUUGUUUCGAAAUGAGCUGGAUUGACUCAGUGCUCAGAUGGGCAAGUUUCGUUAACACAACAAAACCAAUUGCCUUGUUGAACAGAACUGGGGAUCCAUCGCAUUUCUUGAAAAGAAAAUCGGAUUACGUACAAGUACCAAUUCCCAGAGAUAGGUUGGAAUCAAUUUUCCAGAAGAUGAUUUCAUUGGGAAAAGUAGGAUUAGUUUUCAAUCCUUAUGGAGGAAGAAUGGCUGAAUUUCCCGAGGACAAAACGCCGUUUCCACAUAGAGCAGGAAUUCUUUUCAAGAUUCAGUACUCAGUGAAUUGGAAUGACGGAGGAAUAGCGGCAGAAAAGGAUAACCUUUUACAGAUAAGAGAUUUGUACAGUUUUAUGACCCCAUAUGUUACCAAGAACCCAAGACAAGCCUAUUUGAAUUACAGAGAUCUUGAUAUUGGUACAAAUGAUCAAGGCAAACACAGCUUUGAAGAAGGAAAAAUAUAUGGGACUAAGUAUUUCAAGAACAAUUUUGAUAGAUUGGUGAAAGUGAAAUCAGUAGUGGAUCCAAUGAAUUUCUUUAGAAACGAACAGAGUAUUCCUACUCAAAUUCAAAACUUUGGUGCAUACGAGAAAGAAAACAGAGGAAGAUGUUUUACUAUAUCUCUGAUUUUAGUUCUAGGUGAAUGCUUGAUAUUAAUGAGCAUCAUGUUUUAGCUUUUUCAAAGAUAGUGUGUGGCCUUUGUCUAAACCAUCCGUAGCUUUAUGACAAAUUUGAACAUUUUUUAUUGGUUUAAUCAUAUUA